AUGGGAAAAACUAGCAGCAGUGAAACUAUAAGACUAAGGGAGGGCAAAAAGAGAAAGGAAGAGAAAGUGCGCGAAGAGCGUUCAAAAUAUUAUCAAGAGAACAAAGAAAGCAUCAACCGUAAACGUCGUGAAAAGCGACAGAAAGCCAAGGAGUUAAAGGUUGCCAAGCAAAACGUUCCUGAUGGUGAAACAAGCGUUACUGAUAACAGUGCGACAAAAAAAUACGACUGGGCGCUAUAUAAACGGCGACAACGGGCAAGGGCCAAAGAGGAGAUAAAGCGAAAAGAGGAAACGUCAAGGGCCACAAAAUUCAAACGCAGUAGCGAAGUGUCUGGUCAGUCUGGUAACAAAAUUUUCCCGACAAGAAUGGCUAAAAAGCGGAAAGUCGAUUUAGUAAGAUCGCAGCUUCCUAAAAGUCCAGCGAAGAGAAUAGCUGUCGUGGCUGCACUAAUCGAAAGCCCAACAACGAGGAAAGGACUUGAGAGCAAAGGUCUCGUUGUUUCAGGGGGAAAAAGUGAAGAAGCUGAAGUUGCUGUUUCUGCGUUGCGCGACGCGCGAGAUGCCAUUAGCGACACAAAAGGUCAACGAUCUAAUGACUCUUGGGCAGCUACUAAGACAGCUCAUGGCUUUCUUUGUGAUGAAACAAUUCAAAAGAAACGUAUGAAGACAAAAUGCUUAAUAUAA